GAAGUUCAGUGCAUGUUUCUGCACUUUCGUCUCCCCGGAUAUUGUGCUCGAUAUCACUUCCUGGGAAAUCCAAGAUGGCGGGCCGCGCGUUGCUGGUGGCGCGAGGAGGCAUUUACGGUGUUCUUGGCCUCCGUGGCUGCCUGUCUCGUCACUUGCAGGGUGUUCUAGCUACGCCAGCCAUACCCUACACAGCCUUCCAUGGGCAGGCUUUCUUUAUACGAGGUUUUGCAGUUGAAGCUAAGAAAACAUACGUACGGGACAAACCACAUGUCAAUGUUGGGACCAUAGGACAUGUGGACCACGGCAAGACCACGUUAACGGCAGCCAUCACCAAAAUUCUGUCAGAGGCAGGAGGAGCCCAGUUCAAGAAAUAUGAAGACAUUGAUAAUGCACCAGAAGAGAAGGCACGUGGGAUCACAAUCAAUGCUUCCCACGUUGAAUAUUCAACAGCCAACCGCCAUUAUUCGCACACAGAUUGCCCUGGGCAUGCUGAUUACGUUAAGAACAUGAUUACAGGGACGGCACCCCUAGAUGGCUGUAUUCUUGUGGUGGCAGCGACAGAUGGGCAGAUGCCACAGACAAGGGAGCACCUUCUGCUUGCAAAGCAGAUCGGAGUGAAGCAUAUUGUGGUGUACAUCAACAAAGCUGACGCAGUGGAUGAUAAGGAAAUGGUGGAGUUGGUGGAGCUGGAGAUCCGGGAACUGCUCACGGAGUUUGGCUACAAUGGGGAGAUGGUACCUGUGAUUGUCGGCUCCGCGCUGUGUGCCUUGGAGCACCGAAACCCAGAGUUGGGCUUGAACUCCAUCAUGAAACUGCUUGAUGCAGUGGAUACACACAUUCCUCUGCCAGAGCGUGAACUUGACAAACCUUUCCUGCUCCCUAUAGAGCACAUUUACUCUAUACCAGGCAGAGGUACUGUGGUGACGGGCACCCUUGAACGUGGCACUGUCAAGAAAGGGGAGGAGUGUGAAUUUGUCGGGCACAACCGGAACAUGCGUUCUGUGGUGACUGGUGUUGAGAUGUUCCGCAAACAACUGGACCGGGCAGAGGCUGGUGACAAUCUGGGUGCUCUGGUACGGGGGCUGAAACGGGAGGAUGUACGUCGGGGAAUGGUCAUGUGCAAGCCAGGUUCCAUUAAGCCGCACCAGAAAGUUGAGGCUCAGAUCUACGUCCUGAGCAAAGAGGAGGGUGGUCGACACAAGCCUUUUGUUUCAAGCUUCACUCCUGUCAUGUUUUCUCUGACCUGGGACAUGGCCUGUCGAGUGGAACUACCGGAGGGAAAGGAACUAGUGAUGCCAGGGGAGGACACCUCUCUGACUCUGGUACUGCGGCAGCCCAUGGUCUUGGAGGAGGGGCAGCGCUUCACAUUGCGGGAUGGACACAAAACCAUUGGCACGGGAGUGGUCACCAAGACACUGCAGCUGGCUCCAGGCGAUGCGGAGAAGUGGGCAGAGUAAGGGUGCAUUCCUCUGAAGCAUGUUUUGCAACACGAUUUCCCACCACCCCACAGGUGGACUGUGUGAAACCUGACAUUAAGACGGUUGGACAAAGGAGGAGCUGUUCAGGCAUCAGAAUGAGUUGUAGGCAAUUUCUCAGAGAACCCCUUUCUGGUGAAACGACCCAGAAUGCAAGUCUCCCUCCAAGUGGUCACCUCCCUGCCUUGUCUAGGAGAGAGGCACUGGCUUAAUGACUUGAUGUGUUCUCAUUUCAGAGGGGAAGGGAAUGGGUUAAAUAAAAAAUUGAAGCUGA